AUGCCAUCCUCCUUGUCGUGGGGCCUCCUUCUGCUGGCUGGCCUGUGCUGCCUAGUCCCCAGCUCCCUGGCUAAUAAGGAUCCCCAGGGAGAUGCUGCCCAGGACACAGAUGCACCCAAGCCUGAUGAGAAGCAUCCAGCCUCCCACAAGAUCUCCCCAAACCUGGCCAAGUUCACCUUCAGCUUGUACCACGAGCUGGCCCAUCAGUCCAACACCACAAAUGUCGUCUUUUCCCCAGUGAGCAUCGCCACGGCCUUUGCCAUGCUCUCCCUGGGGACCAAAGCUGACACUCACACUCAGAUCCUGGAGGGCCUGGAUCUCAACCUCACAGAGAUAGUUGAGGCUGAUGUCCAUGAAGGCUUCCAGAAUCUCAUCCACACCCUCAACAGGCCAGACAACCAGCUCCAGCUGACCACCGGCAACGGCCUGUUUAUUGACAAGACUCUGAAGCUAGUGGAUAAAUUUUUGGAGGAUGCUGAGAAGCUGUACCACUCAGAUACCGUCUCCGUCAACUUCAGUGACACCGAAGAGGCCAAGAGAAAGAUCAACUCUUAUGUGGAGAAGGAAACCCACGGAAAAAUUGUGGAUUUGGUCAAACAGAUUGACGAAAACACAGUUCUUGCUCUGGUGAAUUACAUUUUCUUUAAAGGCAAGUGGGAGAAGCCCUUCGACGCAAACCAUACUGUGGAGGGGGACUUCCAUGUGGAUGAGACAACCACCGUGAAGGUGCCCAUGAUGAAAGGCCUGGGCAUGUAUGACACCCAUUACUGCACAACGCUCGCCAGCUGGGUGCUGAUGCUGGACUACGUCGGCAAUGCCACCGCCCUCUUCUUCCUGCCCGACAAGGGGAAACUGCAGCAGCUGGAGGCCAACCUCUCCAAGGAGUUAAUCGUCAAGUUCCUGAAACACAGACAAAGGAGGUCUGCCGAAGUAUUUGUUCCCAAAUUGUCCUUAUCUGAAACCUACAAUCUGGAGACAGUCCUGAGAAACCUGGGCAUCACCAAGGUCUUCAGCAAUGAAGCCGACCUCUCGGGGGUCACGGAGCAGGCACCCCUGAAGCUCUCCAAGGCCGUGCAUAAGGCUCUGCUCACCAUGGAUGAGAAAGGGACAGAAGCAACUGGGGCCACGAUAUUGGAAUUCAUGCCCAUGUCUUUACCCAUCACAGUCAAGCUCGACAGCCCCUUCCUUUUCAUGAUCUAUGAUCACAUCAGCAAGACCAUCCUCUUCAUGGGAAAAGUGAUGAAUCCCACACAGAAAUAA